AUGCAAGGAGCCGUCAAGUCGCUUUUUAUAUACGAAACCCCAAAAGUGGUGGAAAUAAAAAAUUGGAAGAUAGGUCUUACGCAAUGCGUUUUGCAGGCCGUUAUUGCAAUAUAUGUCGUGUGGUAUGUUUUAUUGUAUGAAAAAGGGUACCAAGUGAAUGAUACUGCCGUGAGUUCUGUCACAACAAAAGUCAAAGGAAAUAUAAUUAGCAAAUGUCCAUCGGAGGACUUAGUCUAUCCAGCACUUGAGCAUAAUGCCUUUUUCAUAAUGACGAAUUAUAUAAAAACGAAAGCACAGAGAUCAACGUCGCGCCACAAAUCGGCCUGUAAUUCUGACAGCGACUGUGCCAACUUGACAGCAUCUGCACACGAAAUCGGCGUGCACACUGGCAAAUGCUUGAAAAUAUCUUCAGGAUCGGGUGUUUGCGAAAUAUAUGCCUGGUGUCCGCUAGAAAACGAUACACAUGUCCUUAAGAAUGGGGUACAAAGUUUAGAUUUUAUCCGUAAUUACACCGUUUACAUAAAGAAUGAUAUAGAAUUUCCCAAGUUCAAUGUCAAAAGGUGA